UCAAGAUCCAUCUGCGACAUGAACACCUUUGUAGCGCUAGCUCUUUCCUGUGUCCUGCUCAGCACCGCCUUUGCCGUGCGCAAAAAGGGCUUUUGGUGGGGAGGCGGCCACGGAGGGGGUUAUGGUUACGGUGCUGGUUACGGAGGAGGUUAUGGUGACGAUGGAGGCUACGGAGCUGUAGGCUUUGCAGGCGGGUAUGGAGGCGGAUAUGGCGGUGGUUACGGUGGCGGUUAUGGCGGCGGUUACGACGACGGUUAUGGAUAUGGAGGUGGAUCUUUUAGUGGUGUCGGAUUUGGUGGAGGAUACGGAGGCGGAUAUGGUGGAUACGGAGGCGGAUAUGGUGGAUUUGGAUGGGGAAAUUGGGGUAUUCGAGCCCAAUGCAAAUGCGCACCGAGAUGUGGAAAGUUCCAGAAGUACGUUGGUCGAUGCCCGUGGUGCAAGAAGGGAUGCAAACUCGUCUUCUGCUGCAGAAGAAAGUGGUAGACGCUAUAAAACGGACCUUGGCUUAUCCCAUGACACAGAUCACAUUUUUUUAUAUGUUGAAUUACUCUCAAUAAAGCAUUUUAAAAAGUAA